GUAAUAUGGCGGCUGUUAUGUCAGCGAAGCGUGGCUUGUUACUAUGUGAAGUAUUACAAAGACAUCAUCGUAUCUUCAGACAAGGCUUCUCUGUAACAGCAGUUCCGUGGGUUGGGCAGAAAUGGCGUGUAUCACAAGGCAUGUCUGGGGAUGGAAACAGAUACGGACCUCUCACUGAUUUGCCAGACUUUUCUUAUCUUGAUGGAAGACCAGCACCAUUAGCAAAGGGGCAGAUCAGAAGAGAGAAAGAGAAACUGGAAACAGCGGCGCACGUCAUGAAACUGAUUGAAGAAGUGGAUUUCGCAAAGGCGAGGCAUGAAAAGAAACUGAAAGAUAAGGAAAGAGACAAGACAAAGAUGAUUGAAUCCAGAUUGAAAGCAAAAGUUGAUGAAUUUGGAAAAGCUGUCACAUCAAAACCUGACCAUAAGUAGCAAAUGGAGAACAGAAACUUUGCUUAGCUUUGUAUAGUUAUAAGUUUUUUUUUAAAGCCUUUGGUGGUUGAAUUUUGGGCUAAAACUCCAGUCCAGAAACAAGACUAAUAUAAUGUCUGGUUGAUUUAGGCGGAUACUAAUUCCUCCGAUGGUUAUGUUUGUGACAAAUGUCAUAACUGUAGACUUUCAUAUGCCAGAUGGUUAUGUUUGUGACAAAUGUCAUAACUGUAGUAUGUAUAAGGAAACAUUUUUAUGGUUAUGUUCUGGGUAUGUAUAGCAAACAUUGAAUUUGAUGACUGAAUCAAGUGUCUUGUGAAUUAGCUAGCCUCUUUAAAUAUAAUGCUGUUUCACAUGGAAGGAUUAACUUGUGGUUUUUUCAUACCAAUUCAGGUUGAAUUAAAGUUACGAGUGUAAUUA